CAAAAGUUCUCAGUCACGGGUUUCUUCUCGACGAGAGAACUUUACUCUUUCUGCGUUCCUAUAAAUAUUUGAUUUUAAAACCUAACUUUUUCAGUUUUUUUACAAAUCCCCAUCACCACUGACGUAAAUGAGUCAUUCGGUUAAUGACCAUUUUACAAAGGACAGAACACUUAUCGUGGUUUAUAAUACAAUCGAUUUUAAUUACACGCAUCUCAGAUUGACGUUAGAUUUGUACUACAAGUUUUUUUAAAGACACGACGACGAGGACGAGGAGAUUUUUUUCACCUAAUAGUUUUUAGCAUAAUGACGACUGAAAUGAGAGGAAGUGAGACGACAUCGUCCUCGUGGACCUAUACUUGGGAGGAUUACGACUUUUGUCAGCAGGAACCACUUCGGGAUGAGGAACGCAUAUUAUUGAACACCUUGCAGACUAUAGGGGCGCAAUAUAACCCCCAAUCGCCUCCUCCACUCUGGGAAAAUGAGGGAUUCACAUAUGACCCAAAAAACCCUGAAGACUCUGCAUUCUAUCACUACUGCCUCGUUGAGGACAACCAAUUCGUCUUUUGUGCGGACCCCAGCGAGUGCAAAUGUGACAAAACCCAACUUUAUUACAACUUGAGGAUCUCGGCCAUCUUCACGGAGAAGAUGCUCAAAAACAGCAUGGGGGCUGAUGUGGAUCCAUCAGAGGUUCAACUUCAACAACAGGCCGUCGCAUUCUUGGCGAAACAUCUGAGAAACAACUGCGACAAAAUAUUCAACCGUUCUAUCCCAUUCGUAAUUGAUGCUCACAUCCUGCGAAGGUUGUGCGACGCGAUCGGAUCAAUUUACACGAGUGAAGGCGAAAGUAAAGAGGAGGACCCAGAGUCAGAUCUAUCGAUCUAUCAAGAUCUCGUCUUAUUUCUGUCAGACUUUUGCCAACAGACGCCUUCUUUAUGUAUUAAUGUUCCGAAGCCCAAGCCCAAGCCUCCAAAGGUGGAUAUCCACAACCUCUCUGUCGCGGCGUCAUCAUCAUCAGAUAUUGAUUCGAGUUAUGGUGGGAGCGACUCGGCAUCAACUUCGACUUCAACUCCAACAUCAUCCAAAUUAAAGAAAAGCACGGGUGCUGAAGCGACAAAAAAAGUCGGCGACGCCGCAUCAACUGAAAUGGUGGACAUCUCCAUGUUCAAAAGUCUUCAACUCCUAGAAUUGCGAAAUACUCCACCCCACCGGAUUUCUGGAUUGAGCUCUUUGCGAAUGAAUCUACAAAAAAUUAAGUGUUCUCGAAAUCUCAAGUCUAUCGGUCAAGUUUUGAAGCCACCCAGUAACACCAAUAUUGCUCAAAUUUGGCCUGAACUCCGAGACCUGGACUUGAGUUAUAAUAAGAUUCCGAGUGUAUUUACGGAAGAAAUAGCAGUAUUGGAAUUGUGCCCAUCACUAGAUAAUUUAAAUUUAUCUCAUAAUCGCAUCAUCGGAAUCGACGAUUCUUUCUCCCGUAUUUUAAACAGUCUUUCAACCCUCAACUUGUGUUUUAAUCAGUUAACUUGUAUUCCUCCGAUUCCACCCAAUGUCAAGAUUCUUCUCUUGAGCCACAACUUGAUCGUUAAUCUCAUAUCGCCAAAAAACAGGGUCAUUCAUUCCGACCCAUUUAAUUUGCUCUGUUCCUUGAAAAACGUGGAAGUUCUCGACUUGUCCACGAAUCUCAUUUCGAACGAAACGGAUCUUGUCCCACUGAAGGAAAUGAACAGUUUAAACAAACUCAACAUGACCGGAAACCCUAUCUCAUUUAAUUCUGGUUACCGACGCUCCGUGGGUGGCUAUCUCAACCGCUACGUGAUAAACCGAAAGUUUGAAUUGGAUAAGAAAAAUCUGUCCAGUUCUGAAGUUCGGGAAGCAAUUGAGGAUUCAAAACAAGGAAAAUUCAUCCCUUACGUCCCCGCAAGCAGUUUGGCCAUCAGUCAAGCAAAUUCUGCCAUGUCGGCCUCACUGAGUUCAGGGGUAUCGGGAUCCAUGUCGACAUCAAACUCGAUGCAACGAUCCGGAAAUAGCAUCUCACAAUUAAAGAGCAUGACUCAAUCCUUCGACUCCACGUCCAGUUCUAUGCAAAGUUUGAGAAGGAAAAAGCCCAAAAUUAGGGAAAUUAUGUCAAUAGAUUUCCAAGAAGAUAGAGAAAAUUCGUACAGUGAAAGUACAUCCUCUGCGAAAAGUGGAUCCUCUUUCGAGUCCAAGAAGGACAAUAAUGCAGAAACUACGAGAAAAGCACUCAAAGCUUUGAGGGACAAGUAUGGCCCAGAACAUUGGCUGCUACGUCAGGCGGGGACAGAGGUCGAUCGACUCUUACGUAUUCCAGGUCGUCCCAUCAAUUACGAUCUUUUUUCUCGUUCCCUUCCCCACAAUUCGAGAGACUUUGGACAGUCUUCCUCUUUUAACAAUAGCUUCUCCCCACCCACAUCGUCCCUUUACUAUGAACGGGCCGUUGCUCAGCAGGAAAGGUACACCAAUGAAGAACUGCUGUUGAUAAAUAGUCGAAAGGCUCGCGUCCCUUCGGAAGACAAAACCCCAGUUGCAUCUCCGCCAGGUCUGGUUCCUGGUGCAUUGAAAACUGGUGAGGAAGACAACACACCCGACUUCUUCUCAUACUUUAGUGCAGAUGUGGGCGAAGACGUGUCAAUCUUUGACCUGUCGAAAGACGAACCAAUCGAUGACAUUUUUGUCGAAGAGGGGAAAAAGGACGUUAAAAUAUUCAAGACAUUCCAAAACGGAGAGAUCUUUAAGCUCAUUGUGUGGGACGGAUACUUGAUGGACGUCAAUAUGGAGGAUAAUGUCAUCCUGAACAAGUGGGAUCUCCAUUGUCUGUUCGCUUUGGAGGAGGAGAAGUGCGAUGCAGAGACGGAAAGUGUCCAAUUUAUGUUGAAAUUUGACACCAUGAGGAAGUCAAUGAGAGAGCGGAGCUUCAUCAUGAGUAGCAAAGAAUUCGCCGUGUUUGACAAAGUGGUCAGCCCGUUCAUUGAGCAGAUGACGCUGCAAGAGUUUACCGAAGCGUUGCAAUGUGCCAAAUGUUUCGCCCAAUUUUCGAAAGCGAUGGCAGGUCGUACUGUAAAACAUGAACCUGGAACUGCGCCCAGAGAGGUCAGAAUUUGUCCAAAUCCGCAAUGUGCAAACGACAUUCUGCUCACGCUGGAUAAUAUCCCGUUGCCAAAUAAUGAAUGUUUGGAUCUGGAUUUGGAAGAGGAUAGGCUUCGGGGACCGUUAAAAGCGUCAACUCCAGUUUCAGGCCGACCCACAAGUUCAUCAUUCUCUCAAUCCAUUCCAAAAGGCAAAUCUCCAGGAAUUUUUAACUUUAUGCGACUGCUUCCAUCAAGUUUAACUUCGAGAAAAAGUUUGACCAGUAGUGAAGAGAUUGUUGUUACUAACCGUAAUGUUCCCACCGUUUAUGCGGCAACUAGUGUGACGCCAACUUCCAGUGAUGGAGGAACGGCCACAAAUACUAAAUCUGAAUCAGAUAUCGAGGUUUUAAGCACAGACAGUAGCAGUAUCGAAGUUCUGGGGAAACACGGUCCAGAUAGCGGAUCGGAAGUUGAUACGGAGGAAGCUAUUGAAGUUCCUGUAGUUGACUCCACCAAACUUGGGAAUAUCGUCGUGCCUCUUUCUGAGAGUACAUCAUCCUCCUCAUGUGCGGACAGCAUUGUAACGACGUAUGAAAAAAAUAAUCUGCUUCCAAUCUCACAACCGCUAAACUCUCCAAGUAAAAUGCCAUCUGGGGCAUCGUCUCUCUGUACGAAUGCAUCCUACGCCAGUACAUCGACACUUACGACGAACAGUUAUAGCAGCCCAGUUCAUAACACAUGCAUGCCGGUUCGGUAUGAUUAUGUCAAUUUUGGGAAGACAGAUCAUCGACUGCAGCUUUGGAGUGAUGUUUCCAUCUUCAAGUCGGAUGAGACGUUGCUGGCAUUGACGAAAUGUAUGAUCAUCUCAAACUCUUCGUCACACAAAAACUUUUUGGGAAUUGUAAUCUUUUCGACCAAGAAAGUCUAUUUGUACCGAAUUACCGGAAAUGAAGGUGAUCGUCCACAAGAAUGGUUGCAAAAGGUGACUUCAUUCGAUUUGGCCAAAUUUACCAAACUUGAUGUGCUAAUUGGACGUCACGGUGUCGGGGUGGAUUUCUCGGGGAAAUAUUAUGCCCUCAUUUUUCGCGAUUCGGAGCGAACUUCUGGAUUUCUAGAGUUUUUCAUGAGUGACAUUUGUGGCACAUUAAAGUCACCUCCGAUGGUGCGAGAUUUCAGUCAAACCCAAAAAAUGAUGCUCAGCGCAACAAAUCCAAUCAGUUAUUUUGGAAUUAUGCGUUACGCUGUCUGCGAUAGCCCUGACAACACCUACUCCGUCUCUGCUGUGUUGCUUACAAAUGAAGAAGUUUUAUUAAUAACUGACCUGUCCUGGAUGGCUGGCCGAAGUGAAAAGGUUACAACAACUCAUGGACGAAAGUUGUCACAUCUUCGUCAAGUUGAAUCACUGGAGUCAGAUGCAACCUUUCUACGACUCGCGUUUACGCUAGAACAAGAUCGAAUUGUCAACUGGGAACUUAUAUUUGAAACUGAAAAUGAACGAUCCAGAUUUAAAGAGUGUCUCAAAUCAGAUCUAAAUCGGGAUGACGUCCCCUUCAUUUGUCUCUCUCAGCCAUUAGACUCUUAAAACUUCACUUCACUUGUCUACCUACCUGUAAUACCUCCAUCCCUGGAUCGAAGCUAUUAUUAUUAUCAAUAUAGUACAACAUUUCCUGUCCUGCAAGUCAAUUUAAAACUAUGCACUAUUUAUGCAAUUGUAAAGUUACAAAAGCCACAAAAUGGUUAACAAACUAUUAUAAGUAUGUAAUUAUGUCAACAGCAAACAAAUCGUGAUAGGAAGUCGUCGCUUAUUUAGAACUAAGAAUUUAUGGGUAAUAUAUGAAAGCGAUAACGAUAAUAUAAGUGACCGAUAUUUAUACGGAGAUUUUUUGUUAUAGUCUUCAGUUGCGGAUUUUUCGAAUACCAAAUAAUUAUUAAUAUGCAGUCAUUUUGUGCGAUAAUAUUAUAACGUAUGUAUUUCCGAGAUUUUACUUUUACUUUACGAGAAGGUAUUUUAAUGUAAAAAUAAUACUUUCCCUUUUUAUUGUGCUUUAAACAAUAUUUUUUAGACUGGUAUGACAUUACUUGGCUCAAUUUUCUAGAUGUAUAAUAGAAUGUCUUGAUGUUGCUGCAUAUAAUAAGUAAACUUCAUUUGCAUUUUUGAAAUUUUCCGAUUUUAUUGUGAUAAUACGUGGCAGGUUUUUAGCACGGAUAGUUUAGCAGCGCUCUAAUUUUAAUGAUAAUGAAUGAAAAUGAAUGAAAAUUGUGAUUAUGAAAGAUUGAAAAUAUUCUGAAAGAAAAUAAGAUUGUCAAGUAAAAGUUUUUUAUAAAUAAA